AAUCAACCCCAUUUGUUUACAUUUACUUCCGGAAUGUAAUGGGUGUUUGGAUGACAAAUUUUCUUGUGACGAUAUUAUAUUCAGUUAUUGCGAAAUGACAUAAGAAAACAACAAACCAUUGCAAAAAAUCAUAAUUAUGGCCACACCAGCUGGCGCGAAGAAAAAAGCUGAUGCUAAAGUGAUAAUACUUGGUGAUUAUGCAGUAGGCAAGACUUCAUUGAUCAGCAGGUACAUUGAUGGAAGCUUCAACCCUCAUGAGCCAACGAUCGGGGCUGCAUUUUUCUUGAAGCAGUGGGGAUCAUACAAUGUUGCAGUUUGGGAUACGGCUGGGGAUGAGAAAUACACCGGUCUGUCCUCGUUCUACUGUAGGAAUGCUGGAGCAGCUAUCCUGGCGUUUGACCUGAACACUGCCAGCAGCUACGAGUCUCUCUGGGCAAGGUUCCUACCCCUGCUGGACGCUGCACACGAGGACUGUCUCAAGGUUGUCGUGGGAACCAAACGGGAUAUGCUCAAGGAGACUGACCGCGAAAUAUCUGUUGAUGAAGCAAUCGAGUUCUCCAAAGAAAUCAACAAAAACAUUGACCUUUCAAGACUUAAAGGGGACCCGUAUUUUGAAACUUCUGCCAAAAGUGGAUACAAUGUAUCGCGGGUGUUUGAAUAUAUGUUCCAGUACUGUUUGCCGGACACUAAACUGCAGUUGCCAAGGGACACUAUAGUGGUCAGCAAUGCAGCGCAGCCUGUGUCCAGUCGGUGUUCAUGUUGAAAGUCAUAAAUAUUUUGCCUACUGCAUUCUUGUGUUAUAUGAAUUUGGUUGAUUGGAUGUUUAGUACCUUAUCAUUAAAACUGUGCUUGACAUUA